GCCCGAAGCCAUUUGCUCGUCAACAGGCUUGUUGAACUGGCAGAGUCCAAAGUCAAUCCUUUACAAUGAGCAGCACUACUUGGCGCAACGUCUUCACGUACAACAAGUACACCCAAAUUGCUGCUCGCGCCUUGCGUCAGUCCUUGAAGGAGGAGGAGCGUGUCGCUGCAGAGAAGCGUGGACAGACAAUCCUUCGUUACCAGAAGUGGGAGAAUGGCCAGGGUGGUCAACAGGUUUACUUGAACCCGCCUGAGGAGAAGGGUGCUCCUCCCAAGAGCGCAGCUGUAUGACCGACCGCGUCGUCGUAAUAGUUGUCCUUUCACGUCCAAAAUAGACAUCAUCCUGCCUACCUACCUUGCUUCCGCCGUCGCGUCUGUCAUUCAUAGUGUGACCGUCAUGGAACUC